CCGCAGAGAGCAGGAUUAAAUAUCCCAAGUAGUCACGUGACUUAUGCUGAGCUAUUGCUGUGCUUUCCGGAGAGCCUCUAGCCUGGCUCAUUUUCAAACGGCUCUAAGGUCAUCAGCACCCCGCCGUCAUCACUCCGGCUUCAGAUCGCCCACGUCACUUGAAGGACAGGAAGGUAGCACUCUGUUAGGCAACCAUGGCUGAAGAGAACGGUCAUCAGUAUCCCGUACAGGCAAACGGUGCGACGAACGGCGAAGCCGCACCCGAAUCGCAAAUCUACAUAGAUACGAAAGGCGGCGAAUUUCCCGUGGACGAACAGCCUCCGCAGUCGGAAUGGGACAGGUUAUGGGAUGCAGUGCAGAAGAAUCCCGAAGACUUCUCAUCCUGGGAAGCACUCCUCGACGCGGCGGAGAAGGAAGAGGGCGGCCUGACCAAAGACUCGUCCGCGGCAGCGCAGAAUAAAUUCCGCACCGUAUACGACCACUUUUUGGCCAAAUUUCCGUUAUGUUUUGGGUACUGGAAGAAAUACGCGGAUAAGGAGUUUGUGCUGGAGGGGGCGGAGAAAGCUUUGGAGGUCUACGAGCGUGGAGUUGUGUCGAUUCAUAACAGCGUAGAAUUGUGGGUGCAAUUCUGUGCAUUCAAGAUCGCCAAUUUCCCGGAUGACGAAGAGGGCAUCAGAGGCAUCUUCGAACGCGGCGCAGAACAAGUAGGUAACGACUACCAAAGCCACUUUUUCUGGGACAAAUACCUCGAAUGGACCGAAUCGAAGGGCGACCGGCUCGCUAUGCUCAAAGUCCUCGAGCGGGUCAUCACUAUUCCGCUGCAUCACUACGCUAAAUACUUCGAAAAGUACUCGUCGGUUUGCGCUAGCUUGCCUGUUACGGAUUUGGUUACGGAGGAGGAGUACGCAAAGAUCGAGGCGGAGAUCCGUAGCCAGCCGAAACCGGAAGGCGAGGAGGCCACUGCAGAAGCAUCCGUUGAGAAGUCGGAAGAGCAACUCGAACCCCUCCUCCGCGCCAAAAUCCACGAACUCAAAACCCACAUCUACAUGUCCACCCAGGAAGCCGUGCACAAACGCUGGGUCUACGAAGGCGAGAUCAAGCGCUCCUAUUUCCACGUCAAACCGCUCGACGAGUCCCAAUUGGCCAAUUGGAGGCGGUAUCUGGAUUUUGAGGAGGCUGAGGGGGUGGAAAGUAGGAUAUAUGUGCUUUAUGAGCGGUGUUUGGUGCCUUGUGCGCUUUAUGAAGAAUUCUGGCAACGGUACAUACGGUUCGUCUUGUCGCGGAAUGAUCCAACGGGAGUCAGGAAUGUGUUCAUUCGGGCGACGAGCAUCUUCGUACCAGCGGGGCGUCCCACCGUCCGUCUGUCGUACGCGGCCUUCGAGGAAGAACAGGGACACAUCGAUGAGGCGCGGGCAAUAUACCAGACUUUGCUUCAGAAUGUCCCCGGCCAUCUCGAGACACUAACAAAAUACGCGCACUUCGAGCGUCGCCAGAGCGGACCCGACCGGGCGCUGGAGAUAUUGAGCGAGGCGGUGGAAAGCGUGACGAGUGAGGAUGCGAAGGCGUAUUUGGAGGUGCAGAGGGUUAGGGUGCGGUAUAACGUAAAUCAGAAUGCGGAGGAAGCUCGAACUGCGUACCAGGAGGCGGCGGCAAAGUAUGGCAGUAGUAGAUACUUGCUUUCGGCUUAUUUGUCGUUUGAGAUUGAGCAGCGGGACGCCAAAUCGAUCCACCACACAACAACAGCCUGGACACACAUAAAAUCCACCCCCCUCCCCGCCGAAGACAAACGUACACUCGGCCUGCGCUACCUCGACUACCUCACCGAACACCCAUCAACAACCAUCGGGCAGAUCAACGCGGUCGAUUUGGAGGUGCAUCGCGAGUUCAUGGAUAAGGCGGGCGAGGCGAGCAGGAAGAGAGGGUUUGAGGGGGAUGAUGUGGAGGGGAGGCCAAUUAAACAGGUUAGGGGGAGCAUUGGUGGUGGGGUGGGGGGGUUGGGAGUGCAGAGUCCUGCGACGCCGGUGGGGUAUUACCCGCCGACGCAGCCGGCACAGCAGGGGUAUGGGGCUUAUGCAGGGUAUGGGGCUCAGGCAUAUGGAGCAGCAUACUACGGCGCGGCAGCAGCGACACCCGCGGCACCGCAGGCGUGGGAUUAUUCGCAGCAGGCAGCUACUGGAUACUGAGAGUGAAAGCCCCACGGUACGCUCGAAGAUGAAAAUGCCGGAUGUAUGUAGCCGUGUAUGUUUUAUGUACAUGAUGUAUAAAACGAUUGAAUGCGAGACGGGUUGUGUUGUCCGAUGGGAGUGCCGCCGCUGGGUGGACAAAGUCCCGACAAACGCGUGUGGGGGGGUUGACUCAGGACUGACGGGGAAUGCGCAGUUCUGUCCAGAAGUUGGGGCGAUCCUUAUCUCUCGCGCGUCACCACAUAACACAAU